CUUUCUUCCUCUGGCGCCAUUUCCCAACUGCUUCGCUGAGGCAAACCCCUGAGACCGACCUCCUGAGGCGAACUCUGCCUUGUCUUAUCCCAGGUGGGUCGCCGUCUUUACACCACACGUCCUCUAAAGCUGGAAAGAUGUGCACACGGUGGCAUUACAGUAAGGCCUCCCUCCAGGCUCCUCCGCUGGACUACUCCUUCCGCGGCAUCAGCUUCAUGCAAGACCUGCUGACGGAGGAGCCCCGUCCGGGCCUGAAGGCCAUCAAGCAGUCGGAGUCCGGCCGGCUGCUGACCCAAGCCGUCUGGCUCAACAACAACACCCUCAACGACCUGACCGACUUCCCGGAGAUCCUGGGAAAGCUGCUGGAGUACCCAGAGGACAUCUACUGGAUCGACCUCUCCUUCAACGACCUGCCCAACAUCGACCCGGUGCUGACCACCUACUACAACCUCCACAACCUCAACCUCCAUGGGAACAGCAUCCAAAGCCUCUCCGAAGUGGACAAACUGGCCGUCCUGCCCCACCUGCGGAGCCUCACCCUCCACGGCAACCCCAUCGAGGAGGAGAAGGGAUACAGGAGUUACGUGGUCUCCACGUUGCCCAACUUGAAAUCCUUCGACUUCAGCGGCGUCACGAAGCUGGAUCGCUCCACGGCUAACGUCUGGCGGCGCAUGAACAUAAAGCCCAAAAGGGUGCGCAAGAAACGGGACGACUUCUGAGGCGACGCUUGGGCUGGGACCGCGGGACCCUCUGUUUAGAAAUAAAGCCUUGGAGCAUCUUCGCUU